AUGGACGUCUCCCACACACUCUCUCGACGCUUCUUCUGGGCCGACAAUAUCUUGUGGAAGGAAGACAUCCAAGGCCAUCAUGCAACAGUGAUACUCGCGGCGAGAGAUCUCAUCGUUGAUACGGCGGCAGUUUCAGCAUACCUGACUGGUACGGAUGCAUUCUGUCUGCUUGUUCGAAUUAAUUUGCAGAUUGUCUUCGCUAUCAAAAGACAGUGGCAAAAACAUCUCUGCGUCAUGCGAGAGCAAGCCUUUUUGCUGCACGCUCGGCGCGAAUCUUCUCUUGCGUCUCUUUACUCCAGGCUGGACUGGUUCAGCGCCCGGGAGUGUAGACAAGGCGAUGGUUUUCAUGACGGCCAGCUUCUCCGGGCAGACGUCAUUGCCCGCGCAAUGAAGUCGCCCGUAAGGGCAGCCCAGUUUGAGAAGGGAGGCGACGAAGAGUGA